CACACCCCCAGCUGGGACCUCAGACUUCUACUGGGACCCAGAUCCUAAGCCUCUGACACAGCCAAUCCACAUCCCUCAGCCCGCCUGCUUUGCGCCAUGGGCGGGCCCGUGGCCUUACUGGCCGCGCUCUGGGCGCUAGGGGCUGCUGGAGACGCAGCGCUGCGCAUCGGAGCUUUCAACAUCCGGAGCUUCGGCGACAGGAAAGUGUCGGACCCGGCCUGCAGCGGCAUCAUCGCGCAAAUCCUGGCUGGCUAUGACAUCACGCUGGUGCAGGAGGUGCGGGACUCCGACCUGAGCGCCGUAUCCACGCUCAUGGAGCAGAUCAACAGCAUGUCCAGGCACGAGUACAGCUUCGUGAGCAGUGAGCCCCUGGGUCGGGACCAGUAUAAGGAAACGUACCUGUUCAUCUACAGGAAGGACGUGGCGUCGGUAGUGGACACGUACCAGUACCCGGACCCGGAGGACGCCUUCAGUCGUGAACCUUUCGUAGUCAAGUUCUCGGCACCGGGGUCAGCUGCCGAGGAGUUAGUGUUGAUUCCGCUGCACGCGGCGCCGCACCAAGCCGUGGCCGAGAUCGACGCGCUCUACGAUGUAUACCUGGACGUGAUAGACAAGUGGGGCACCGACGACAUGCUGUUUCUGGGCGACUUUAACGCCGACUGCAGCUACGUGCAGUCUCAGGACUGGCCGGCCAUCCGCCUGCGCAGCAGCGAGGUCUUCAAGUGGCUCAUCCCGGACAGCGCCGACACCACGGUGGGCAACUCGGACUGUGCCUACGACCGCAUUGUGGUCUGUGGUGCCCGCCUGCGCAGCAGCCUGAAGCCCCAGUCGGCCGCUGUACAUGACUUCCAGGAGGAAUUUGGCCUGUACCAGGCUCAGGCCCUGGCCAUCAGUGACCAUUUUCCUGUGGAGGUGACCCUCAAGUCCCACUGACAGCCCUGAAGCCUGGCCAGGGCAGGCUGCCUGCAGACUCUGGCCACAAGGAGCAAGCCCCACAGGGCUGCAGCGUAGGGUCAGCUGGGCCUGGACAAGUGAUGGGACUACUCGGAGCCUGUUUCCCCAUCGUGAAAUGGGCUGCCACCACUACCUCAUAAGGUUGAGAAGCACCUCGUAGAGCACUGGGCACACAGCUGAGCUCAAUAAACAGCGAACACUCAGCCGGGACCACACACACGUGUUGGCUCCAACGCCUUCAUGUCCUUUCUUAGGACUCAGCUCUUCUGGGGCACAAACCUUGGUCCUGCAGCCCAGCAGGUCCCCGGUCCCAGCCCACUUAGGGGACAGGGACAGCCUGGCCUGCCCAUUCCACAUGCUGCUGGGAACUGACCACCUCCAGACCAGGCUGGCUCCAGAAGGCAGCUCCUGUGCUCACUGGCUGAAGCUCCCUGCUCUUUCUUUGUGCAAACUAAAUGCUUUCAAGCACCUGUACUGAGUGCAGCUGGGGCUAAGUGCUCACACACAGGUAGUGUGGAUGUACAAGGCCAACCUCCCAGUCCUCAGUGUUCCUCCUAUGGCCCCGGUUCCCAGGCCUGCAGGCCACUCACAGGCACUCGUGUAUGAGGGUCCUUUCCUACCCAGCACUGCAGUUGGCAGGGGGGCGGUCAAGAAGGCUGGCCCCCUGCAACCAGCUGGCUGGCGGCGCUGGGACAUGUGGAGAGCCUCCUCACUGGUGAGCAGGCAGGUUGGGUUAAUAAAGUCCUGCCCACAGAACCUGAACAGCUCACAGUGGUACAGCCCCUUCAAAGGUGCCUUCCUGGUAGCUUCUUCCUCAGGAGCCCUGGGCUGGGCAAGGACUCAGCAGGGAGGACAGUGGCCUGCACCCUGAGUAAGCCCAUCACCUGAGGAUUGGGAACAAGCAGAACUGGGGUACACAGUGUAACUGACAGGGGCCCGAUGAGGUUUCUGGUUUUCGAAGCAUCUCACCUUUGGCAGGAUUUAACUGGCCUGAAUUGUAUGGGAGGGAAAAACCUUUGUUUCAAGAAUUUGAAUAAGCUUUUCUUGCUAGAUCUUUCUAAAGUAAGAUUUAGGACACUUGUAAUGUAAAAUGCCUCCCUCCUCCCUCUCUAAGUCACCCAAUUUCUCUGAAAUUUAUACAGGCUUUCCAUCCAAACAAAAAAACAUGGCGGCCCAAGGGCUUUUUCCCUUUUCCUUUUCUUGUGUGGCUUGCCAGGGCCCACAACUACCUGGCCUUAUGCCUCCAGCAGUCAGCCAUUCCACCAGCCAGGGAUGGGAAACUCAAGGACUUUAUUCUGCUCUGGGAGAGGAGACACUCAACGGUGACAUCGCUGAGGUCCAGAAGGGUGCCACGUACCAGUUUAUGAUUCCCAAAUCAAGACACUGCUUGCCAGCUGUGCCCACCUGCCCACCCGCCAGGCACAAAGGGUACUCGUGAGUGGUAACAGGCCUUGGGACUAUGGCUACAAGGAACAGGCCUUUUAGGGGGAUGAGCAAAACAAAGAGCUAAAAGUACUUUUAAAUUGGAAAACGCCUUCUUUAAAUCCCUUGGAACCACAGGGCCCCCAGAAGGGUGCAUACAGCUAAAAACCCUGCAUGGGCAGCCCAGCCCUUAGCCUUUCUUUUGUUUGAGCUUUUCUAAGUACAUCUGCAGGGACUUCUGGAUGGAGUCUCUGGAGAUGAAACUGACAAAGUUCUGGAUGUCCGUGUCGCGCUGCUUCACCAGGCGGUCUACCGUGGUCUUUCGCAUCAUGUUCUUGGUCAGCUGUCGAGCGUGAUCUAAAGAAGAUGGGUCCCACCUGUGAAAACCCAUGCUCUGCUCCGGGACAGUGGUAUUCCCAAGCUUUCCAAGAGAGUUCCAACUGAAACUCCGGUAGAAAACUUAGAAAAUUCAAGUGAGCAAAGAGAAGAAAAUGAAAGCCACCUGUUCCCUACUGUCCAUCGAUUUCCUUUAAAAUCAUACAGGACGA